AUGACGCCGUAUUCGAUGGGUGAGUUUUUUAUCGUUGUAAUCUCGCCUUGUCAAGGAACUAUGGCUCACCGCAAGACAUGCAGGUACAUCAACAUCAUUCAGCCAUAUCUUCCCUUUCUGCCGAACAGCAAGGCUUUAAUCCAGGACUACCUGGCCCAGUGCCCUGGGCUCCUCCGCGAAGCGUUUGUUGAAGCAUUGGCAGGGACUAUGCAUUCAUUCCCAUCCUUCCAGUCAGGCAACCCGGGCGACGUCAGACUAGCCCACACGCUCUUGGUGGAGUGGGAGGCCAGUGACUCCACAUCUCGGACUCCUGCGGCCAACAUCGUGUUUCUUCAGACACUUCUUCUUAUGAUUGUUGAAGCAGAUAACCGACCAUUGGGCUCCAUCGGUGCACCCAAGGAAUCACUUUUGGGUAGAGCGGUAGCGGGCGCCAAUGCUUUGAAGCUAUAUCAGGCCAGACUAGAGCCAUCUGAGAUGGAGCUUGGUUCGGAUACUGAUAAUUUGAUUCGCGUUAGAAUCUGGUGGUCUCUGGUUCUGCUUGAUCGAUGGAAUGCGGUGGGUUUUGCGGUACCUUCCUUGAUCAGAGACGAAAGUGUUGUUGUUCCCCCAGGCCUAAAGUUGGCUGUGGGCGAGGUUCAGUUCCUCUUGAUCCGAUCUUCAAAAUUUCUGAGCCGUGCCUCGGUCAUGAUCACAAAUUUCCAAGAACCCCUAAACCCCUCGUUUGGAGAUCGGAUGGUUGGUACUUUCAUGGACGCUUGGGUCGAAGACUUCCGUGAAGACCUACCUGCUCAUAUUGAGCCAAGUUCAUAUCCUGUGGUUCAUCUUGUCUACUGGCACUGUCGGCUCCUGGCAUAUCUGCUUCACCCAUCAGCCAAAUCGAUAGAUGCUCUGUGGCCUUGCCAAGAAACAAUCAGCCUCCUCAUCGAGCACUCGCAACUUAUUACACCUCUACAUCAUCACUUCACCAUACUUGUAGUGCUGGUACUCAUAGAGCUGGCAAAAGUGGAGAGGACAAAGGAGGAAGCAACAAGACUACUUGAUGUGUUCCGUGAAUCAUCUCUGCCUGCUUCCGUGUUUGACGGGCUAGUUCGAGACAAGAUUGCUGAUCAGCUCCGUCCAUCUACGAGUGCGGCUGCAAGUUCGGCUCCCUCAGCAAUGGAGGCGGCUGCAAGUCAGGGGCUUCAGCAUUUGGCCGAUUUGGCCACUCUCUCAUCAGCUGCUGCGGAAAAGGCUGACGGAGCCUCAAUAUAUCGCACCUCACCGAAUUACGAAGACAUGGGUUUCGAUCCACGGCCUCUACUCCUUACUGGUUACCUCAACGUUGUCCGCGCAACGCAACAGUCGGCUUAG